AUGGUUAAUGUGCAACCAGUGAUUGGUAAUGCAAUUGAAAAUCUGAUGCCACAAUAUGCUUUUCUGCAGUUUCACAUGUUGACUAUAGAGGAUAAAGUUCUAGAAAUGUUGAAUUUCAGUGGGGGCACAAUUGCUGGUCUAUCAUUGGGAUCAUGGCUGAGUAUACUAAAGUCAAAGGUCCAUGCAUUCUCAGUUUGUGAUGACCCUGAUUACUUCUACGACUUUGUUCAAGGCCUACUUGAUGGACUUGAAGCAGGUGUUGACUCACAUGAUAUUGUUAACAUUCAAAAUGCCAAAGGUCUGGGCUAUGCAAUUAACACCCCUGAGGAGCUUAAAUUUGUUAAGGAAGUUACUUCAGCGACUGGUGUUGUUCUUGAUCCAGUAUACAGUGGGAAAGCUGCUUAUGGAAUGAUAAAAGACAUGACUGAGAAUCCAAAGAAGUGGGAAGGCAGAAAGAUCCUAUUCAUACACACCGGUGGACUUUUGGGUUUGUUCGACAAAAUUGAAGAGAUGAAUUCACUUGUUGGGAAUUGGAGUCGAAUGGAUGUCCAUGAAGACAUUCCACGGAAAGAUGGUAUUGGAAAAAUGUUUUAG